AGAACAAGCUCAGCUGCAGCGCUAGCCUGGUUUCUCUGUACACACAGAAGUUUCGGUCAUACUAGCCAGUUUCUUUUAACCGGGCACACAGCAGGGAGAGAGCGAGCAACAGUUGCAGCAGGCGUUGUCUGCAGCAGGACAGGUAAACAGCUGCUUCUCCCUUGAUAUCUGUAUCCAAGCCAGGGCUAAAUACAGGAUUUUUGCAGGUGGGUGGGGAGAGGGAGGGACAGUUCUCAUAAGGCAUCAGCUUAAACCUGGAAUAAGGAUAGAUCCCACGAACCAGGAAUUGUCUCCCACUGCCUGUGACUUUUUUGAGUGCUGUAUGACAACAGUAUCACUGCUUAGGCGUUUAAUAAUUUGCUGGUUGAGUGGAGGGAGGACCAGGUGAGAGCGUGGACUUGAGGUCCUCUGGAGGCUGACCUGACCAGAAACUACAGCUAAUCCAGAAUGCAACAGUUAGACUGGUUACUGGGAGUGGCUGCCGGGACCAUAUAAAUGACACCGGUCCUGAAAGGCAUUGGCUCCCAGUACGUUUCCGAGCACAAUUCAAAGUGUUGGCGCUGACCUUUAAAGCCCUAAAUGGCCUCGGCCCAGUAUACCUGAAGGAGUGUCUCUACCCCCAUCGUUCAGCCCAGACACUGAGGUCCAGUGCCGAGGGCCUUCUGGCAGUUCCCUCACGGUGAGAAGUGAGGUUCCAGGCAGAGGGCCUUCUUGGUAGUGGCGCCCACCCUCCCAUCAGAUGUGAAGGAAAAAAACAAUUAUCCGACUUUUAGAAGACAUCUGAAGGCUGCCCUGUUUAGGAAAGUUCUUAAUGUUUGAUGUUUUAUCACAUUUUUUAUAUUCUGUUGGGAGCCACCCAGAGUGGCUGGGGAAACCCAGCCAGAUGGGCGGGGUAAAAACAAUAAAUUAUUAUUAUUAUUAUUAUUAUUAUUAUUAUUAUUAUUAUUAUACGGCUGUAGAUGUGUUCUGCAGCAGACUUUGUGUGGCGUAAAAUACCGUAUUUUUUGCUCUAUAAGACGCACCAGACCACAAGACGCACCUAGUUUUUGGAGGAGGAAAACAAGAAAAAAAAAAUUCUGAAUCUCAGAAGCCAGAACAGCAAGAGGGAUCGCUACACAUUGGAAGCAGCAAUCCCUCUUGCUGUUCUGGCUUCUGGGAUAGCUGUGCAGCCUGCAUUCGCUCCAUAAGACGAACACACACAUUUCCCACUACUUUUUAGGAGGGAAAAAGUGAGUCUUAUAGAGCAAAAAAUACGGUAUAUGAUGCCUGGCUGGCACCACACAGCCAAGCAGAACGUAAACUAGCUUUCUUCUUGGGAUGGAGCAAUCCCACAGCAGGUAUAUAAGGACCUGAGCAAGUAAACCAAGGUUGUUUCCUGAGGGCAAGUGGUUUUUCAGUCACCUGUCUGUACCCAUAACAGCUUCUGCCUGUCUGUCGCCUGGCACAGAAUGCGGACGCCGACCGCCAUGAUCGUGGGCAUCGUCCUAGGCCCCUGCGGCCUCGUCCUGAACCUGACCAGCACUCUGGCUCCCGCCUGGAGGGAUUUAAGCCGUAUCCCUGACCAAGCCUACGACAUGAUCCAGCACCAAGGCAUCUGGGACAUCUGCAACGAGUUUCAAGGCACCCAGAAGACUCAGUGCAACAUCAAGGACACGCUGGGGUACUUCUCCCACCAGACUGUGCAAAUCGCCAAAGGGCUGAUGCCAUCCUCUGUGGCCGUCACGGUCCUGGGGUUGGUUGUGGCUUCGCUGGGCGUUCGCUGCUGGCAGGAUACGCCCCAGUACCUGCUGGCUGGGCUAGGCGGCCUGCUGCUCUUUGUUUCCGGGCUGCUUAGCCUGAUCGCCGUCUCCUGGUACAAUCACGACAUCCAAAACCUUCCCAUCACGGCCGGCAGUAGCCUAGCGGUGGGUUACUGCCUGGUGCUAGGCUACUUAGGGAGCUGCCUGGAGAUAAUUGGGGGCUUCUCCCUUUCGCUCAGCUUUGCUCAGUGCUGCAAGGAGCGCAAGCUGAAGAAAGCAGCGAUGGAUUACAGCUACCCACCCAGCAGUCAGAGGGUCCCAGCGACCACGGCAGCCAUUUCUCCCUCCUUUGGCAACACAGAGAUCCAAAUGGACUAUUACAGGACUCCAACCCCCAGGUCUUACACCAACCCCCAGGACGUACUGGAAAGUGAACACCCCAGUAACUGGAGCAGGUUUCCCUGCGAUUCUGAUUUAUAGCCCUAAGCAAGGAACGAGCUGCAGAAAGAUUCCUUCUGGAACUCUGCUUGGACAACAAAGAUACCCAGUGCGGAAAGUUUGUCUACAAAUAUAAUUCCGGCAAAGACCUUUUCCUACCUCUUUCGCUCGUGAAUCCAGCAGGUGCCAUAGCCCUAAACUGCUACAGAUUCUGGUUCUACGCUUUUCUUUUCGCUUUCUCUCAGGUUAAACAUUAUAUUAAGACAGUAAUUAAAUCACUCUUGCAUGAGGAAGCGAUAGGGAGUUUGAGCGGUCCUCUUCACUGUGCAAUUUCAGGGAUGGGGAGGGGCUUGCAGGGCAGCAACCAUAAUUGUUUUAUUGCUUUUGCACACAUUUACUUGAAGAGUGACCCAGAGCUUUGUUAAGCAAAUGGACAAGAUUUUUUUUGCACACUGGGUGAAAGCUGAAAAUUCAGGGGCCUGGAAUAUCUUGGAGUGGGGACAGGGCUCCUCUGCAGCAACAGAUCUGCUUUCACCCCCCUGCGCCACCACCUUCUGUUUACUAAAUUGGUAAGAGACCAGGAAUCUAUCAUCCCUCAGGGUUUGACUGUACUCUCAAAGAGAUGCCUUGUUUUCCUAUUUACAGAUGGAUACAUAAAAAUGCAAUAUGCACGGAAUAAAAGUUAUAUUUUGUAUGGUG